AGACUGUGUGCGUGCGUGCGUGUGUGCGUGUCACCCAUCACAGCGCAGACGCUCAUUUACAGUCCGGUAGAAGAAGAAGAGGAGGAGGCGGAGGUGACGAGGAAGAGGGAAGGAGCUCAGCAGCUCGUGUUUAUUUAGUCCGACAGACGAACAAGGGCCACGCACAGCAGCAUGUCCGCUCAGCCCGGUGAGGAGCUCGGUCCGGAGGGGAAGUGGCUCGGGGACGAGUACGAGAGGAACGGCCUGUUCGGGAACACGGCGACCCGGUUCGACGAGCCCCGCGGGGAGGCGAAGGCGCGAGGCGGCGACCAAGCGACCGACGACCCGGCGCAACAAUUCCAUCCCCGUCACCAGGACUACGGGACCAGGCCUCCCGUUGCUAUGGAGACUGCAUCCACAGAUGACCCCAUGUCUGGCCUGUUCAGGAAGCCUAUGAACGAUGACGGUGAUGUCUACACGUCCUUGCUGUCCAAUCAGAGCUUCGCGUCGAGCCGGGAGUCCUCUUACCUGUCAGAAGAUUUGAAGCCCUCCAAGUCCUCCACCGGCUCCUCUGCCCUGAAUGACUUCUCCAGCGACACCUACAGCUUCAGCUCCAACACCAAGAUGACCUCUGACCUGGUUGAUGACUUUCCAAAUUCUCUGAUGGGCUCCGAUAAGACGGAAUCCUACAACUACAUGGACAUCAGCCACGGAGACGAGCGCCAGGAGCAGCACCAGGUGCCUCCGCACAGCCUGGUGGACACAAGCCUGCCUGGCCGUGACUUGCUGGGAAGCUACAUGGACAACUACCCAGGAAGAGAUGAGGAUGAAGAGGAUGAAGAGGAUGACGAGGAAGAGGAGAAACUAGGUCCAGCGCUGGGCUCUCAAUCUUUCCCAUACGUGGAGGAGCACUCUGAUGAAGAGCUGUCAGAUUACCGCUCCUACCGAAACCUAGGCGGCACCCCCCAAACAGCCAGCCCAGUGAAGAUCACCCUGACUGAGUCCCAGCCUCCGGCCGAGCCACAGCAGCAUCCUCCUGCAGUCAGUGUGUCCGAGCGUGAAAACGUCCUGAGUGUGGGCUUGCAGGGGGUUCCCACUGUUACACUAUCAGAGCCUGAGGACGAGAGCCCUGCUUCCACUCCCAAUGCUUCACCAACACAAAAAGAAUUCUCUUCCCAUGACAUGUUCAAUGCUGACGCAGUGAAGCCUGCAGCUUCCAAAAGCAGCCCCGGCAUAAAGGCUGGCAACAGGGAGCCCGAUGGCAGCAGUGCCGAGUCUGGAGACUCAGAGAUCGAGCUGGUGUCUGAGGAGCCUCCCAAGGCCAGUGGUAACCCAUUUGCCCAGCCACCUAAAAGCAAGGGUGCUUUCAGCCAGCCUAACAACCCCUUUGACAAUCCCCCGGUCGCCAAGGGUGGUUUCGGCCUGGCAGGCAACCACGCUCCUCCCACAGCCUACAGCAUUCUGAGAGAGGAGAGAGAGGCAGAGCUCGACAGUGACCUCUUCAUCGAGUCUGCGUCAGAGGAGAGCCCAAAGAGAGAGCAGGGCAUCAGUGGCCCCAAACAGGGUGUGAACCCUGCCUCUCCCCUAGUUCCCAGCACUGUCCCUCCCCGCAGUGCCGCUGAGGCCGUGCCAGCAGAGUCCCUGGUCACAGAAAAGGUCAAGACCCAAGUGAAAACAGAGGAGGAUCGCUCCAGCAAGCCCAAGCCCCCAACUGCCGCUGUACCCCCAGAGGUGCGACUGGAGAAGCCCGUUCAGGACGACAUGCACAAGCGCACCACUGAAGAGAAAGAAGACCAAGAAAAACCUGGGGCAUCAGUGUUUCCAGUUCGUUUUAACAAACAAAAAGCUAUUGACCUGCUCUACUGGAGGAAUGUGAAGCAGUCCGGGGCCGUGUUCAGCAGCGUGCUCCUGCUCCUCUUCUCCCUGACCCAGUUCAGCGUGGUCAGCGUCGGGGCCUACUUAGCCCUGGCUGCCCUCUCCGCCACCGUCAGCUUCAGGAUCUACAAGUCUGUGCUGCAGGCCGUGCAGAAGACCGAUGAGGGGCAUCCUUUCAAAGGCUACCUGGAGAUCGAGAUCGCUCUAUCCCAGGACCAGAUUAGUAAAUAUGCCGACAAAAUCCUGCUCUACACCAACACCUGCAUGAAGGAGCUCCGCAGGCUGUUCCUCGUGCAAGAUCUGGUCGACUCCUUGAAGUUUGCUGUUCUGAUGUGGCUGCUGACCUACGUGGGCGCUCUCUUCAACGGCCUGACUCUGCUCAUCCUAGCUGUGGUCUCCAUGUUCACCAUGCCGGUGGUCUAUGAGAAACACCAGGCACAGAUUGAUCAGUAUGUGGGACUAAUACGGACCCAGGUCAACUCUGUGGUGGGAAAGAUUCUCACGCUGGAGUCGUCUGUGUGUCUGAGGAGUCAGCUGAUGACAAAACAUCUUUGUCCUGACCACUGCUGUGACUUUGCCAAUUUUGGAUCCAGGCAAAGAUCCCCGGGGCCAAGAGGAAGGAGGAGUAGGCCCGUCUGUCUGUCUCGCCGAGAAGCUGACAGUCCAGUCCAGCUCGAGAGUCAGGCAGCUCGCUCACCGUUGAAGAGCCUGGUCGUCACCUGUGGGGCGUAGUGCUGUGUCAUCUUGGUGUUCUCUAAACGCAUCCACUGGAGAAGCCGUCACCCUGUCUAUAGCAGUCUACACACUAACACACAAAGUCACACACACAUGAUCUUGUUUCUAGGUAGACAGGUACACAACCUCGAAAAACAAAAAAAAGUAACUGACUUUUUUGUGUUGCUUAUUAGAACGUGCAUGAAGUUGAGCCCUUGGGUAAAUAAUAUUUGAUAUCUUUUUGUGCAGUUUUUCAAUGACGCUACGUUUUUUGCUCUGCAGUGCUUACCACAAACUGUACGGUUUGGCACAAAAAGCUAAAUGCCCACAGGCGCGCUUUGCUGCUGAUGUUAAAUACAGCUUCAUGUCUCUGAGUUAGCACUUGGGGCUUCUCUCGGUAUACGUCGAUAUAUAUAAAUAUAAAAAAUGAUUUCCUUUUUGGUGUUUCCAAGCACAAGAUAAUUUAACAGUAUGCGUCUUAGAUGUGGUUAUUGUAGGAGUUUUGCUUUUGUAUAACCAUAAGGAACACCCCCCACACACCCAUGUUUUAGGUACUGUUGUACAACUACUAUGAAGACAAGGAGUAUCUGGUGAUAUUUAGCUUGUUUGAAUAACUGUCCAACUUUGUACUAUGUUUCAAAUAUACUCUGUAGUUCUCUAGACCCCCGGACUCUUUAACUAUUUGCACUUACAGUAUGUAUUUAAUUACAAGAAUAAGGAUAAUAAAUGUACCUUGAUGUAUAA